AUGGCACAGCCCGUGCCUCAUCAGCCCACCGAUAAGAAGCGCGUCAAGGUCUACGAACUCCGCAACAAUGACUGGUUCGAUCGAGGCACCGGCUUCUGCAGCGCGAGCUUUGAGACUCUUGAGGAUGGUCGCAAAGAGCCGCGCGUCAUCGUUGAAUCAGAAGACCAUCCCGACCGUCUUCUGCUAGAAACGAAAAUUCAGAAAGAAGAUGGAUUCCAGAAGCAACAAGAUACACUGAUUGUUUGGCAGGAACCUAGUAGUGGAGUUGACAUGGCACUCAGUUUUCAAGAAGCCGAGGGAUGCGCCAUGAUAUGGCGUUUUGUGAGCAAUGUUCAACAGACAUUUCAUAACCACCUGCCAGGAGCCGAUGACGGCCUUUCUGACGAUCUCCCUAUCGACGCUCCGCCGGCUAUCAACUUGCCCACGGCCGAACUUGGAAAUCUCGGAGAUAUUGAACAGACCAUGCGGAUGAUGAGCACGACAGCAAACGGCCGUGAUGCUCUUGCCAAAGCAAUUAUGGCGGAGGACUUCAUCGGCAAAAUUGUACCCCUGGUCGAGAUGGCCGAGGACCUCGAGAGUCUUCAAGACUUGCACCGACUCUGCAACAUCAUGAAAACAGUCAUUCUUCUUAACGACACUUCGAUUAUAGAGCACGCGGUGUCGGACGAAUGCGUUUUAGGUGUUGUUGGUGCUCUGGAAUACGACCCUGACUUUCCUAGUCACAAGGCUAAUCAUCGACACUGGCUGGGCAAUCAAGGUCGAUAUAAAGAAGUUGUCCCUAUAGAGGAGGAACAAAUUCGCAGGAAGAUCCACCAAACAUACCGUCUACAGUAUCUAAAGGAUGUCGUUCUGGCUAGAAUACUCGACGAUCCUACUUUUUCGGUUCUCAAUUCUCUCAUCUUUUUCAACCAAGUCGACAUUGUUCAGCACCUGCAAGCGAAUGCCGCUUUUCUUAACGAGUUGUUUGGCAUCUUCAGGCCCACGAACAGCGAUCAGAAGAGAAAGAAGGAAGCGGUGCUCUUCAUCCAGCAAUGCUGUGCUAUUGCCAAGAAUAUCCAACCCCCGGCGCGUCAGACAUUAUACAACAACUUCAUCGCUCACGGACUCCUUUCCGUCAUCCACUUCGGGCUCAGACACCAUGACGUGGGAGUUAGAGUUGGGGCCACUGACAUCCUGAUCUCUAUCAUCGAUCACGACCCCCAAAUGAUCCGUCAGACUUUGUACCGUCAACUGCACGAGAACCAGACACUCCUCACCGACUCUUUGAUUGAUCUUCUACUGGUGGAAGUUGAUCUUGGCGUCAAGUCUCAAAUCUCAGAAGCACUCAGAGUCUUAUUAGAUCCUGGUCCUCAACAACUGCAAAAUAACGAGGCCCUUGCUAAGGCUAAUGAGACUUUCCUGAACAAAUUCUACGAGAAGUCGGCCCCAAGGCUAUUCAAGCCCCUCAUGGACUUAGAGAAGCGAACGGACAUGAACUUUACUGUACAGCAGGCGUCGAUGUUUACAUAUCUUAUUGAGAUUCAGACAUUUUUUAUCCGCUGUCACCAGUUACGCGUCAAGUUACAUGUAAUGUCUCACGAUAUCGUUAAGCGCAUUGCUCAGCUUCUCGCAUGCCCUGAGAAAUUUUUGAGAUUAGUUGCUAUCCGUUUCUUCCGAUCAUUGAUCGCAAUGCAGGAUGAGUUCUAUAUCAAGCAUCUCAUGGAGAAGCAGGUCCUGGGGCCAAUUCUUGAAGUUCUUAUCGAGACCAUGCCCCGAGACAACCUCUUGUGCUCAGCAUCACUGGAAUUUUUCGAGUUUAUCAAGAAAGAGAAUAUCAAAGACCUGAUCAAACAUCUCGUGGUCAACUAUAGAGAAAAGCUUAGAGGGUUGAGCUAUAUGUCGACUUUUCGGGAGAUCCUUCUUAGAUAUGACCAAACUCAGGGUUACACGUCCAAUGUCGACUAUUUCCUGGAAGCCGAAGACGAGAUGGGCAGGAGACCUCUAGCGAACACAAGGAUGGCCGAGCAAAUCACCGUUGAGCAAGAGCAAGAGGAAUAUUGGGCAACAUCUGAUCCCGAAGAUGAUGACGACCAGUCAAGUAAAGUGGGGGAAAGGACACCAUCCACGAAUGGCUCAAUCACCUCGAAGCUGCUAGUCGACUACGCAUCCGAUGAAGAGACUGACGAAAAUGCCGACCCCGAAGCUACACCAGAAGCGGAUAGCCAACACAGCGAUGUUGCAUCCGACGCUGUGCACUCGCCUAUUGAUUCGAGCCUUGGAGGAGGUGUUCCACCACCUGAGCGACUUUCAGAGAAGCGUCGACGCGAAGAGGAGGAAGACGAGGAUGAGAUGAGCAAAAUGAUGCAAAAUAAGAGACGCAGCAGCAGCGGUUCUGUCACGGCGAUCCUAGGCAACUCUCGCGGCCCACAAAGACGCAAAAGCUUCAAUGUCAACUCUCCCACUGGAGGCAAGAAGAUCGCCAUCAGUCUCUCUAGCGGCUUGAAAACAGGCAGCGACCCAGGUUCCAACGAGGAGUCAUAA